AUGUCUAUAGAGCCUGCCCCGAGUGGGGUUUUGCGGUGGCAGUCGAUCAAAGGGUCGCUGGAGGUGGUCUGUUUUGGUGAACAGACGCCCAUUGCGAGCAGGCGGCUUGCAGAACACGUCCAGGACGGGUCCCAGAUGGUGAUCAAAAGGGCCACUGAGCAGUACGUUGAGUGGGUGGCCGAGAGUGGGGGGUCUGUGUUUGCGAACGAGCGCAAUUCGCGGAUCCGGUUUUCGCAGCCUUUUAUGGUGGCCACGGAUGGGAAAUUCCCAGGGCGAUACGUGGUGACGUUGCAGUCGGGGCUCGAGUCGCAGUUCCCAGGGUGGACGAUUUUGGGGAAAGUGCGCGGCGAUGGAGUGUUUUGGCUGCGUGCGCUGACGGGCACGGGCACUUCACGCGACAAGGACGGGGUGCUUGAGUAUCCAGUGCGUGGGGUUGGCGGCGAGAUUGUGGAAAACGUGUGGGGGGUCCAGAAGAAGGCCAAGGAGCACGAGCGUACAACCCCCAAGGACGCGAAACGGCCGCGCAAACAGGUUGUUUUGAGCUUCGAGGACGAGGAGGAGGGCGACGCGCUGGAAAUACGUAUGCGGCCGGUCAAGAAGGCGAAGAAGAAGAAGAAGGUGGGGCCGGUGGAACCAGCACAGCCGGUGCAAGAGUCUGUUACGAAGCAGGCCGUGCAACCCCCCACAGAGGAGGCUGUGCCACCCCCCGCCGAGGAGGAGGACGCGACGUUGCAGAGCCUGCGCAGGUUCCAGCGGUCGCUACGCGAGCCGGUCACCCCAACCCCGCGCACAGAGCCCGACUCGUCCGGACUCAGCUCCGAGGACGAAGACCUAUCGUUUUUGACGCAUCGCUGGACGAAAAAUACAUAG